CCUUCCCGUGUGAACGUGAGCGUCGGUGGCCGCUGCUGCUGCCUGUCAACAUCACAGCCCCAGAAGAAGACGUCUUGUGUUCGGGAUUUUGUAGUAAACUGUUUGUCUCUGACAGAGCACUAGCUGUCCUCCGCCAUGUCCAUGUACCAGGUAAAGCCCGUCUGUGGGAGCCACGUAACGACAGAUUUACCAACCUGCAUGUACAACUUACCAAAUGUCCACGCGCAGCAAGGAAACAGCAGCACGUCUGAGCACGCGCUUCAGAAUGGCGAAGUGGACCCUGCAGUCAAAGCUCUGGAGGCCCGACAGGAUGAGAUCAUGAGGAAACUGUACGAGCUGAAGGCAGCGGUGGAGGGCCUGGCCAAGACGGUGUCCACCCCGGAUGCCGAUCUGGACCUGACAGUCAGCAGCAGCCUCUCAUCCCAAAGCCCCGCCUCCACAACCUUCAAAGGCGUCACAGACCUGGACACACUGUUGGGCAAGGAUCUCGGUGCUCUCCGAGAUAUCGUCAUAAACGCCAACCCGGCGCAGCCCCCUCUGACCCUGCUGGUGCUCCACAGUGUGCUGUGUCAGCGCUAUCGAGUGCUCUCCACCGUCCACGUCCACUCCUCAGCCGCCAGCGUGCCGCCACAGCUCCUGUCCUGCCUCGGCCCACGCCACGCAGACAGCUAUGCCCGCCAGAUGUUCCAGCUGGGCUUCACCCUCAUAUGGAAAGAUGUCCCCAAACUGCAGAUGAAGUUCAGCGUCCAGAACAUGUGUCCCGUCGAGGGCGAGGCCAACGUGGCGCGCUUCCUCUUCAAGCUGCUGUCUCCCUACCCCAGUGACCCGGCCGUGGCCACGCUGGUGGACAGCUGGGUGGACACGGCUUUCUUCCAGCUGGCGGAGGGCAGCGCCAAGGAGCGGGCCGCAGUCCUGCGGUCCCUCAACUCCGCUCUGGGCCGCGGCCCCUGGCUGGCCGGGCCGGAGUUCUCCCUGGCCGACAUCGCCUGCUAUUGCUGCGUGCUGCAAAGCGGCCCCGCCUCCUCUACUCCCGCUAACGUCCAGCGCUGGAUCAAGUCCUGUGAGAACCUGGGCCACUUCAGCCCUGCCAGGCUAUUUCUGAAGUGACCGGGGGCCGUCACGGGACCAGAAACCAGAAAGGGUGUCUUACCCGAGCAAAGUGAGAGAAGGGCAUUCGAUUAUUAAAAUAUCCCAGCCGUGUCUGGAACCCCUCUAAUGAUUCCCUCCUUACUGUAAUAUAUCACAGAACUGACAAAGACUCUGUAGAAGCAUUAUGGUUGAGUAUGAAGGGAACAUAUUUGUCUCUGCCAUGUUGCUUUUGUAUAACAAAGGGAUUCUUAGGGAGGAAGCAUGGGAGGACAGUAAAGACGAGGGCUUGGUGACGGAUUAAAUCAAAGGUACUGACAGAAGUAACACACUCUGUACACUUUCCACCCACUUUGUGCCUAACAUGACCCUGUUCUAAAUGUGUGCUGACGGGUAUUACUAGGUGUUCUCAUGGGUAAUACUUUGCACCGUUGUUUUAUUUUAAACCAUUAAAACUUCCACUUUGGAUCAAACUU